AUGAAGGAGUCCCGUGUCCGCCGUCUUCAGCUCAGCCAAAGUUCCGUAUCUCAUCCAUCUCCUAGUCUUGGUGGGUUUGGUGUAGGCUGCGUUGGUCCAGUUGCUAGCUCACUUCAGGGAACGUCCAACUUCACAGAUGAUGCUUCAGCCAACACUCGUCUUUUGACAAGUGGUGCUACCGGAGCUCUGAUUAACGGCCUAGAAGAUGAUUUUCAUGGUAUGUCGUAUUCAUCUUUCUGCCUUCGAUUUCCAUGUUGA